GAUUCUAAUGCAAGUCCAUGAUCGUCCAUAUCCAACAUGCCAGAACCCCCUCCCAAUCCCUCCACACCAGACAGCUGCUUCGCCACAACCGCCGAAAGAGCCUACUACCACUUUGACAACAUCUUCAUAAAACGCACCCUCCGUUCCAGCGAAGACAUGACAACGCAGCGCGGCACAAAGCACGUCCCCCGCCUGAACAAAGAUCGUCUCCAGAACGAGGCUGCGUGUCUAUGGUUUAUAAGACGCGUUUGUCCUGAGAUCCCUGUCCCGAGGAUUUAUGGGGGCGUUCGAGGUCGAUUGGAGCUUUUUGUUGACUACGGAGUAUGUACAGGGGUUAGAGGAGGGGGAGAAGAGAGUUGUUACGGAGGAGUUGUUGGGGUAUCUUGCUAUACUUCACCGCAUCAAAUCGAAGACUACUGGUAGCCCGGACCCAAAGGGUCCAGUCAUCCCUCCAUAUCGGGCUAUGGCUGCAGACGAUACCAGGGAUACCUGGCCGCGCAAAACAAGUGACAAAGAGGAGUACGUAUUCUGCCACAACGACCCCUCGCAAGCAAACAUCAUCGUCGACCCCGAGACACUGAAAAUAAAAGCAAUCGUAGAAUGGGAGUACGCAGGGUUCUGGCCAGAGUGGUUCAAGAUGCGCAUUUGGGAGAGAGUUGGGCCGAGUGUGGCCCUGGAGCGGUUUGGGGAGAGGGAGGAUGUGCCUGCAUUGCUCUCGUUUCUUAAUGGUAGCUAGACUCGGUACUUGUAUACAGGGCUAACCCGCACGCACCAAGACGCGUGUCUGGUAUGGCCAGGAAAAUAACUAAGUAGCGAGUAAUGUGAUAGGUGAUCGCUACGAAUGGA